AUUUAUGAUUCAGAUUCAAUUCUAGUUAAUGUAUGAAAUACCGGUUUGAACUGGUUCUCCGAUUCCACUAUGAGUCCAGAUGGGCAUAUGAGAUCAGCAUUGGCCUGACUGUCCCUGGGGGCUGCAGGGGCAGCACAGGGCGGCUUGGUCAUUAGUUGUCCCCAGCAGAGGGCUCUGGUAAUUGCUAAGGCCAAAGAGGUCAGUCAGUGUCAGUCUCUCUCUGUGCUCAGGAUACUGGAACCCUAGAGCUAGCUGGGCUUCCUGGGGCAGAUGCUGCUGCCUCCAUUGUGAUCUGGGAGCCCGGGCUGAGCAGCUGCUGCUGCAGAGCAGAUCUGUGCUGGGACAGACCAUCACUAAGGCCCUCUCUGUGCCCAGCCGAGGGAGUGCUUCCUCCUCUGGCUGGAACUAUCCCCCGGGGGCAGCUCCGGGCUUUGCUGGCAUCGACUCCUGAGUCAGAGACUGCAGGUGAUGAAAUUGACCUCUGGGGGUAAGUGCAGGGGGCAGGCAGGAAAGUGACUCUGCACAAAUGGCCCCUUGUUGGCCCAUCUCUGCUCCCGGGUGUCUGCGAGUCCCAGAGCUGCUGCCCCCAACACACCCAGGCUCACACUCCUGUUAGCAGUGACAGUAGCUAUUGGAGAGGAAACGCUCACAGGAAUGGCAGGACAGGAAUCAGCUCUUCCAUGCAGAAGGGAGAGGGGAGAGACUGAAAGUGGCAGCAGGAGCAAUAAGUGAGGAGGGAGGUUCCAACCCAGUUUCCAAUUCAGAUUGACUUUCCUGGGAAGAAGGUGAGGAGCAGAGAGAGGAAAAGCCCAAGUCCUGCCUCUGCCUAGUCCCCGCGCUGCUGGGGGAAUGUGCUGCCCUGGAGACAGUGUCAGGGGGGAUUCCCCAAAGUGGAGCUUUUGAUUCUGCUCUUUUCUAGCAUUUGGCUUAGAGACUCUGUUCCUGGGAGGGUUUAAAAGUGUCUCGUGGAUUUAGUCCUGGUGGGAAGGGUCAGGUCUGUGUUGUACAAAGGUAACUGAGGUUUUCCCAGCAUGGCAGAGUCUAGAGUUUCAGAGUAACAGCCAUGUUAGUCUGAAGCUUAUGAUCAAAUAAAUUGGUUAGUCUCUAAGGUGCCACAAGUACUCCUUUUCUUUUUGAGAGUCUAGAGUGUCUUGUCUGCAGGGAAAGAGCCUGGGGGGAAUCGAGGUGUGAAAUGGACUAAUGCUAAUUCAAAAACCUCCCCAGUUGCCCUUCUCACCCUGACAGGCUGCAGAAUAACGACCCAUUUUGCUCCAGAUCAUCCCAUCUUCCUAGGGUCCUGGGCAGGGAAAUGGCUGUGGUGGAUCCAGCUCAGAUGCCGGUGACCUUUGAGGAGGUGGCUGUGUACUUCACCGAGGGGCAGGGAGCUCUGCUGGAACCCGGUCAGAGAGCCCUCUACAGGGACGUCAUGCAGGAGAAUUAUGAGACUGUGACCUCGCUGGGACUCCCCAUUCCCAAACCUGAUCUGAUCAUCCAGCUGGAAGCAGGGGAAGAGCCGUGGGUCCCAGAUCUCCCGGCCUCCAAGAAAAGGAAGAUCACAAGAGACACCUGCACAACAGGUGAUGAGACAAUGAAUGAGAACGAGGACGAGAAUCCACUGCAGGAAUGUCCUGAACAAGUGGAACUGCAGGGGACCUUAUUGAGACAAGGUGAAGGGAAUUUUUCCCAAUGCUUGGAACAGAGAAAAGCCUGGAGUAAUUGGCACAGGUCAGAGAGGAAGCUGGGAAACUGCCAAAGGAAUAAAGUGUAUGAAUCUAUUGAAUGUGGGGAAGGAGGCAAGGAUCCCAAAGAAACCACAAUUCAGCAGACAAAUGAGAAUGAAAAGAACGCCUAUAAAUGCUUGGACUGUGGGAAAAGCUUCAGUCAUCGCUCAAAUCUUACUAGACAUGGGAGAAUCCACACUGGAGAGAGACUUUAUAAAUGCUUAGACUGUGGGAAAAGCUUCAGUCGGAGCUCAAAUCUUAUUAGCCACAGGAUAAUCCACACUGGAGAGAAACCCUAUAAAUGCUUGGACUGUGGGAAGAGCUUCAGUCAGCGCUCAGGCCUUAUUAACCAUGGCGGAGUCCACAUGGAAGAGAACCCCUAUAAAUGCUUGGACUGUGGGAAAACCUUCAGUCAUCGCUCAAAUCUUACUAGACAUGGGAGAAUCCACAUGGGAGAGAGACUUUAUAAAUGCUUAGACUGUGGGAAAAGCUUCAGUCGGAGCUCAAAUCUUAUUAGCCAUCGGAUAAUCCACACUGGAGAGAAACCCUAUAAAUGCUUGGACUGUGGGAAGAGCUUCAGUCGGAGCUCAAAUCUUAUUAGCCACAGGAUAAUCCACACUGGAGAGAAACCCUUUAAAUGCUUGGACUGUGGGAAGGGCUUCAGUCAACGCUCAGGCCUCAUUAGCCAUCGGAUAAUCCACACUGGAGAGAACCCCUAUAAAUGCCUGGACUGUGGGAAAAGCUUCAGUCGAAGCUCAAAUCUUAUUAGCCAUCGGAUAAUCCACACUGGAGAGAAACCCUAUAAAUGCCUGGACUGUGGGAAGAGCUUCAGUCAGCGCUCAGGCCUUAUUAACCAUGGUAGAAUUCACAUGAGCAAGAACUCCUAUAAACGCUUGGACUGUGGGAAGAGCUUCAAUCAGCACUCAGGCCUUAUUAGCCAUGAGAGAACCCACACAGGAGAGAGACCCUAUAAAUGCUUGGACUGUGGGAAAAGCUUCAGUCGGAGCUCAAAUCUUACUGCUCAUAGGAGACUGCACACUGGAGAGAGACCCUAUAAGUGUUUGGACUGUGGGAAAAGCUUCAGUCGGAAGGCACAUCUUAUUAGACAUGGGAGACUCCACACUGGUGAGAAACCCUAUAAAUCUGUGGUUCUCAAACUUUAACAACCCGAGGACCCCCCUUUAACUGAAAAAUUUUCAAGGACCCCCGCAAGCCCACUGCUCAGCCACAGGCUCCGAUCCCACUCCACCCCUUCUCCCAAGCCCCCACCCCUGCCCCUCCUCUUCCCUGCCUCUUUCUGCCUCCUCCCUCAAGCGCACUCUGUCCCCACUCCUCCCUUUCCUGCACACUGCUGAACAGCUGUUUUGUGGCAUGCAGGAGUGACUGGGAGGGAGGGGGAGGAGUUGAUCAGCGGGGACAGCAUCCCCGGACAUGACUCGUUGACCCACUGGAGUGCCCUUACGGACCCCUGGACCCCAGUUUGAGAAACCCUGCUAUAAAUGCCUGUACUUCAGGAAGAGCUUCAUUUAUUGCUCAAGUCUUAAUUAACCAUGAGAGAAACCAUGCAGGAGAGAGACCCUAUAAAUGCUUGGACUGAGGUAAAAGCUUCAUUCAGCACUCGGGCCUUAUUAACCAUGGGAGAAUCCAUAUGCGGUAGAGACCCUAAAAAUGCCUGCAGUGUGAGAAAAGUUUCAAUGCACCAUCAGCCCUUAUUAUACAUCAGAGAACCCAUAGAGGAGAAGAACCCUAUAAAUACUUGGAUUGUGGGACAAGCUUUAAUCAUUUCACAUCUGAGAACACACACAGGAGAUAAAACCUGUAAGUGCCUGCACUGUGGGAAAAGCUUCAGUGAGAGCUCAAAUGUGGACACAAGAAUAAAUGGAUAUAAACUGGCAAUCAGGAAGUUUAGACUUGAAAUUAGACAAAGGUUUCUAACCAUCAGAGGAGUGAAGUUCUGGAACAGCCUUCCAAGGGAAGCAGUUGGGGCAAAAGACCUAUUUGGCUUCAAGAUUAAACUUGAUAAGUUUAUGGAGGAGAUGGUAUGAUGGGAUAACAUGAUUUUGGCAAUUAAUUGAUCUUUAACUAUUCAUGGUAAAUAGGCCCAAUGCCCUGUGAUGGAAUGUUAGAUGGGAUGGGAUCUGAGUUACUACAGAGAAUUCUUUCCUGGGUAUCUGGCUGGUGAGUCUUGCCCACAUGCUUAGGGUUCAGCUGAUCACCAUAUUUGGGGUCAGGAAGGAAUUUUCCUCCAGGGCAGAUUGGAAGAGGCUCUGUGGGUUUUUCACCUUCCUCUGCAGCAUGGGACACGGGUCACUUGCUGGAGGAUUCUCUGCACCUUGAAGUCUUUAAACCAUGAUUUGAGGACUUCAAUAGCUCAGACAUAGGUGAGAGGUUUAUUGCAGGAGUGGGUGGGUGAGAUUCGGUGGCCUACUUGUGCAGGAGGUCAGACUAGAUGAUCAUAAUGGUCCCUUCUGACCUUAAUAUCUAUGAAAUCUUAUUAUACGUAAGACAAUCCACACAAGGGAGAAAUCCCAUAAAUGCUUAGGUGAUGGGGAAAAGCUUCAGUCCUAGAUCAUACCUUACUAAACAUUUCAGAAUCCACAUGGCACAGUAUCUACAAAAUACCUCAACUGUGGAGAAAUUUUAAUUUGAAGAUCAAACCUUACUUCGCAUCAGACAAUCCACAUGGGAGAGAGAACCCAUAAAUACUUGGAUUCUGGGAAAAGCUUCAAUAACUGCAGGGAAAGAUUCAGUCUAACUCACACAUUAUUCCCCAUCAGAUAAUUCACAGAAGAAAGAGCUUGAAUGUGGGGGUACCUUCUUUUGGUGCUCACACGGCAUCAAGCAUCAGCAAAUCCAAACAGGGAGGAGCCCUCUCAGAUCUGCUUAGCAUGGAAAAUGCUUCAGUUGGAGCUAACACCCCAUUGAAAAUCAGAGACUCCGCCACACAGGAGAGAAAUUCUCUCAGUGCCCUGACUAGGGUUGACCAUAGUAAAAACUCCAUUUCCUAAUUCCCACACACAGCAGUGGCAUUUGGCUCCCAGGUAUCCAACUGCCCAUCUCUGGGGACAGGUUCCAGCAGCAGCUGACCCUUAGCUGUUCAGGGACCCUCUGGCUUUGCUUGGUCUAAGAAAACCCCAGGCAGAGAAGUCCUUAUCAGCCCCUCUUCCCUGCUGCAGUCCUGGCUGCUGAACUGAUGGGCCUUCCUGCCUCCUGGGAACCUGCUGAGGAAUGGGAGAGAGAAACUCCUCCGGAAGCUCCCUCUGCCUGGAUGAAGUUCUCUUCUUUCCUUUCCCUUCCCUGAUGUGAUGCCCCUCCCAUGGAGGCUAGGAGAGGGAUAUUUGAGCCAGGCCCAACAUUCACCCUGAACACCUUUCCCCACUCCCAUUUUCCUGCAGCCCCUGAACUGGUUUCCUCCACUUACCUGGAGCUGGUACCUGCAGAGUGAGUAUCCCUGGGGCUGACAACUCUUCCCCUCCCUAAAUUCCUGAAGGUGCUGGAUUCCGGGGAAUCAAAUGUGAAGGGACCAGGAGGGAUGGGUUUUGGGGAGGAAACUGCUCUAUCGGCAUAUAGAGAUAAGCCCAACGGAUGUGAAGGGCUUCAAAAUAUGCUUGCUUGGAAACUAACCCCAAUAAACAUUUCAUUGUUUGCA